AAGACCCUCCAGCCCGGCUUUGGUCCCGGCUGGACCUGGGUGCAGCCCCGUGCCCCCGGACCAGGCUGCGCUGGGAGAGGCGCGGGGAGCCCGGCGCGGGGCUGCAGCGUCCUCCUCCCGCGCCGGCCCCGCGCCGGGGGUUGGUCUUCCCGGGUCAGCGCCGCUGCAUCCGGAGCCGCCGAGCGCUGCCCUGCCCUGCCCUGCCCUGCCCUGCCCUGCCGCUCGCCCGGCCCCGGCCCCGGCCCCGGCCCCGGCAGGGCCCCUCUGCGGGCGGAGGGAGCUCCGCGGAGAGCGGGCGCGGCGCUGCCGAGGCGCAUCGCCUUCCCCAGGCGGGACCCGGACCCGGACCCAGCCCCCAAAUUCCCAGCUCCCUCCAGCUCAGCCCCCCCUCCAGCCCUCAAACUCCCAGCCCCAGCCCCAAAUUCUCAGCUCCAGUUCCAGCCCAAGCCCCAAACUUCCCAUCUCUAGCCCCAGUCCCAGUCCCCAGCACCCAACCCCCCAGCUGCUGCCCCAUUUCCCAGCCCCUGCCUCCAGCCCCUAGCCCUGAGCCGCUGCCCACAGCGCCCACACCCCCAUCCCCAAGCCUGCAGCCCCCAGCCUUAAUCUCCCUCUCUGGCCCAGCCAGGCUGCAGUGGAAGCUGUGCAUGCUCACUGCAGAGGGGAGAUGGCUGCAGCGCCAGCGCCAGCUCAGGACCCGGUGUCUUUUGAGGAUGUGGCUGUGUACUUCACUGAGGGGGAGUGGGUGCUGCUGGGUGCCGCACAGAGAGCCCUGUACUGGGAGGUCAUGCGGGAAAACUACGAGGCGGUGGCCUUGCUGGGCUUCCCCAUAUUCAAGCCUGUCAUGAUUGCCCAGCUGGAGCAAGGGGAAGAGCCCUGGGUCCUGUCCCCCCCAGGUGCUGAUCAUCAGGUGGAGAUGGUGCCCAGAGACACCUGUGCAGCACCUUUGGGGACCCAGAACCCACUGGUCCCUGCAACUGAGAAUGGAGAUGAGAGUCCCCGGGAGCCGGGAUGGCCCCCCAAGGGCCCUGCUGAGCGCCCCCACGCCUGCCCAGACUGUGGGAAAGCCUUCCGGCUGCGCUCCCAGCUGGCCACACACCAGCGCGUGCACACCGGCGAACGCCCCUUCUCCUGCGAGACCUGUGGGCGCUGCUUCUCCCAGAGCUCCAACCUGGCCAAGCACCUGGGCACACACCGUGGCCACAAGCCCCACGCCUGCCCGGACUGUGGGAAGGGCUUCAGCCAGCGCUCGUCCCUACUCACCCACCAGCGCCUGCACACGGGCGAGACCCCCUACCACUGCCCUGACUGCGGCCGUGGCUUCCGCGUGGGCUCACAGCUGGCCACACACCAGCGCCUGCAUGCUGGGCGCAUGCCCUACCGCUGUGGGGUCUGUGGGAAGAGCUUCAGCUGGAGCCGGCACCUAGCUGCCCACCAGCAGCUGCACACCACCGUUGGCACCCCUUCCGGGGGAGGCGGCGCGGGGCCGGAGCCCGGAGCCCGGAGCCCGGAGCCCGGCGGGGUGCAUGGGGCUGCCCCGGCCGCGCCGCCCCGCCGCCCGCAGCCGCCGCGGGAUGGAGACCGCCGCAGAGCCCUGGGUGAUGGGGCAGCAAGCACAGAGGAAGACCUGGAUGAGAAAGAGGAUGCCCAAGCAGCUGCAGUGACCACAGUGGACCCGGAGAGGCCGUACCGCUGCCGGGAUUGCGGCAAGGCCUUCGGGCAGAGUGCACACCUGCUGCGGCACCAGACGGUGCACACUGGGGCACGCCCAUACCGCUGUGGGGACUGUGGCCGUGGUUUCGGGCAGCGCUCGGACCUGACCACGCACCGGCGCCAGCACACGGGUGAGGAGCCGUACGCCUGUGGUGACUGUGGGCGCCGCUUUGCUCAGAGCUCCAACCUGCUGCGGCAUCAGCGGACGCACACGGCCGAGGCCCCCUUUGCCUGCUCCUGCUGCCCUCGGCGCUUCCGGCGCCGGGCCCACCUCCUGGCCCAUGGCCGCACGCACACCGGCGAGCGCCCCUACUGCUGCGGGGACUGUGGCCGUGCCUUCCGCCAUGCCUCCCACCUGCACCGGCACCGGCGCGGGCACACUGGUGAGCGCCCCCACCAUUGCCCCGACUGUGGCCGCAGCUUCGGUGUCCGCUCCACCCUGGUGACGCACCGGCGUGUACACACCGCCGAGCGCCCCUAUGCCUGCGAGGACUGUGGCCGCCGGUUUGCUCAGAGUGCCUCACUGCACCGCCAUCGCCGCACCCACACCUGCGCCCGGCCUGGCCGUCAUGGCCCUCACCUGCUGCUGGAAGGUGGGGAUUGCACCUUCAACCAGAGCUCCGACCUCUUGCAGCACCAGUGCCCCACACAGGCCCCCGCCGGCGGGGACAUGUCAUAACUGCAGCCUCCUCUUCCUUGCCUGUGCUGGGACAGGAGAAGGAGGGGACUGCUCUCCAGUGAAACCAGCCAUGACAUCUUGGGAGAAACCCAGUCUCCCAGGUGCUGCAGCUGCAGGGUGGGGAGCUCUGGAGGCUUUGCCUUUUGUACAGACAUACCAUAAUCGGUGCUCCUCUGCAGCCUUCUCUUCCUUGCCUGUGUGGGGACAGGAGAAGUAAGGGACAGCUCUCCGGUCACCACGGCCAUGACUGCUUGCAGGGGGAAACCCAUUCUCCCAGGUGCUGUUGCUGAUUCAGCCCCCCUCGGGCUGUAUUUAACAACAGUGCCCCCUGCUCCACAGAGUGGCUAUGUGAUGCUAGGAACAGAAUUGUGGCCUGGUCCCUGCCCUGAGACCUAUUGUCUCCCCCUUGCCCCCGGUCAAUAAAAACCCAUUGGAAAAUCA